UCGGGGGCGGGGCCUGCGGCGCGCGGGAAGCUGCGCGCGGCGGCGGGAGGUGGCGGCUCUGUGGAGCGGCGGUGUCCGUGCAGAAAGUACGAAGCCUGAGAAAUUUUUUGUCCCACCCAGAGUUCAAGAGGAUGAAAGUCAUCACUUGCGAAAUAGCCUGGCACAACAAGGAGCCAGUGUACAGCCUGGACUUCCAGUAUGCCACGGCAGGGAGAAUCCACAGACUGGCAUCUGCAGGGGUGGACACUGCUGUCAGGAUCUGGAAGGUAGAAAAAGGACCAGAUGGAAAAGCCAUUGUGGAAUUUUUGUCCAAUCUUGCUCGUCACACCAAAGCUGUCAAUGUCGUGCGUUUUUCUCCAACUGGGGAAAUUUUAGCGUCAGGAGGAGAUGAUGCCGUCAUCCUGCUGUGGAAGGUGAACGACAACAAGGAGCCCGAGCAGGUUACUUUCCAGGAUGAGGAUGAAGCUCAGCUGAAUAAGGAGAACUGGACUGUCGUGAAAACCCUGAGGGGCCACUUAGAAGAUGUAUAUGACAUUAGCUGGGCAACUGACGGGAACUUAAUGGUUUCUGCCUCCGUGGAUAACACAGCCAUUAUAUGGGAUGUCAGUAAAGGACAAAAGAUUUCAAUUUUUAAUGAACAUAAAAGCUAUGUACAGGGAGUGACCUGGGACCCUCUGGGUCAAUACGUGGCUACGCUGAGCUGUGACAGGGUGCUGCGCGUGUACAGCACACAGAAGAAACGCGUGGCUUUUAAUGUCUCCAAGAUGCUGUCCGGCGUGGGGGCUGAAGGAGAGGCCCGAAGCUACCGGAUGUUCCACGAUGACAGCAUGAAGUCCUUCUUCCGAAGGCUCAGCUUCACGCCCGACGGGUCCCUGCUCCUCACCCCAGCCGGAUGCGUGGAGUCUGGGGAAAACGUCACCAACACCACCUACGUGUUCUCCAGGAGGAACCUGAAAAGGCCGGUCGCCCACCUUCCGUGUCCCGGGAAGGCCACGCUCGCCGUGCGCUGCUGUCCUGUCUACUUUGAGCUGAGGCCGGUGGCGGAACCAGACAGAGCCGCGCAGGAGCCCGCCGGGGAGCUGGUGCGCCUGCCCUACCGCCUGGUGUUCGCGGUGGCCUCCGAGGACUCCGUGCUGCUCUACGACACCCAGCAGCUGUUCCCCUUCGGCUAUGUGUCCAACAUCCACUACCACACGCUCAGUGACAUUUCCUGGUCCAGCGACGGGGCCUUCCUGGCCAUUUCGUCCACGGACGGGUACUGCUCCUUCGUGACAUUUGAGAAGGAUGAACUUGGCGUCCCGUUGAAAGAGAAGCCGCUGUUGCACGUGAGGACACCGGACACCACGAGGAAGGCGAGGAGUCACGCCCCGCAGGGCUCUUCGCCCGGGCCCAGGCCCGCCGAGGGGCCCCCCACCUCCAAAGCGCAGGAGCCCGGCAGCCCCUCCGAGACGCCCUCGCCGGCAGGACAGACCCCAGCCCCAGCGGCCGUCAAAGAUGUGCCUGCGGUGACUCCUGGUAUCAAGGGCCCCUCGCCGGGGCCUUCCGAGGACGUGACGCUGCAGAACACGAAGGGUCACCCGUCCCGGAGGGUUACACUGAACACGCUGCAGGCCUGGAGCAAGACCACGCCCCGGAGAAUAAACUUAAUACCUUUGAAGACAGAGAGUCCACCGAAUUCUGUCCCAGCCAGCAUAGUUUCCACCUCUUCUUCUGAAGAAAUUCCCUCAGAGAUCCCUGGAGACUCCCAGGAUAGCCCUCCAGAGCUAAAACGGCCCAGACUGGAUGAAAACAGAGGAGGCCUCCCAAACCUGGACUCUUGACAGGACCUGGGCCUCUGCUUGGAGGCUGCCAGGUCUGGUGCCGCCCCUGCGCAUGCAGUGAAGGGCGAAGAUGCCGGCCCAGGUGGCACCAGCCGGGGAGACGGAGGCUUGAGGCCGACCCGGUGAUUCACCCUCUGCAGGACUGUGUGCUCCUGAGCUUAGCGUCCACUUCCCCAUGGGCCUGUGGGAGCCGAGCAGACCAAGCGCUCUGGGGCUGAGCUUCUGAGACGGGAGCUGCUGGGCCUGGUGUCCAUGAGGGGCCUCGCCCCAUGCCUGGGGUCAGGGAGAGGGCUCGGUGGUCGGGCUGGUGCCCUGCAUCGGGCAGUGACUAGAUUCAACUCUAAUUAGUGAUUAAACCUCGCAGAGCUUC